CUGUACACUGAGGUUGAGAGGGGCCUAGUGUUGAGAACCUGAGUUAUGAGGUGCUUUUUUAAUAGCUGAAACUGUUUAAAAUCAAAAAGGACUACAUUGAACGCUGAAAAACAUGAUAAAAAGUGAGCAUAGGUAAUCCUGGGGUUACCGUGCACAAACUGUUUUGAUUUUUUCCCCUCCAGAAAUUAUAACUGUAAAACUAAUCCUCCAAAAGAUUCACUAAUGAGUGAAACAAGGCUGCAGAGCAAUGUUAAGUCUUUACAGUAACAGAGUAAAGCAACAACUACCAACACAACUUUAUUUUCACUUGAUCCCACUUCAUCAUGUGAUAGAAGUAUUGCUUUAGAAUAAAUUGUACAGUUGGAUGUAAACUGGUGACCAAAUGCCUUAAAAGGUUUUAGGAAAAAAAAUCAGAAAAAGAAAAAAUAACCAGAAAAAAUAUUUCACCAAAUGUUGAUUGCAAUAUGAUUUUUUUUUUUUAAUAAUCACUGAGAUGCAAAAAUGUAUGGCUUGAAACCGUUUUCUAAAAGAAACAUAAAUACAUCAUAUUGAGUUCAAAAACCUAAUAAUUAGAGGAAAUGCUUUAUUGAAGUGAUGGUUUUUCUUUCCAUCCCUUUUUUUUAAUCUUUCCAUUUAAUUUACUGCAACAAAUGUCCUGCCUGUUGGCUCCCAUCCACUAAUGCUUCACCUGAUGUGAUCUUUCAGUUCCAAAACAGCCUCUGCUUGUUUCAGACUGGGCGAAACAAGCAGCUGAUCUGCCUUUAUGCAAAGCUGCCUCGUGGUGAUGUUGAGCCCAUCAGGAAAUGUCAUGAGAAUAAACAAAAUCAUUUUACCUAAAUAAAGUACCAGAUCUUUCAAAAUAAAGUCUGCAGGUGUAGAAAAAACAGAGAAACAAAAACUGAUAUUUGUCGAAUCCUAGUGCUAAAUAGUAAUGGAUUUUUAUUCAUUACACGUGGAUUUGUAUUUUUAAUUUAGCCAAGUCACUCUAAAAAUGUGUCUGAUAAGCUUGAAUUUUAUAAACUUUUUUAUUUUUAAAUGUUUUUUUUUUCCUUUGUCAAAUGUAUCAGAAAAUGUCAAUGCAUAAUUAUAACAAAUUACUUCAAAAAUGCUAAAAAAAAAAAUAACAUUAUUGGUAACAAUGUUUCUUAAGUGGUUGUCAGAUGUCUACCAGUGUAAGGCAGAGGUAAUGAAGUUAGUUAGCACUGCACUGCUUGCUAAUUGAAGACAGUGAAUCCAUGUAUCAAUAGUUUUUAGGAGCUCCUAACUUUCAUCAAUGAAACAACAUGUCAAAUAUAUUUUCAGUCAAAUAGGUCCUAACCAGCACAAGGAAGCUCCGAUAUCUUAUGAGCAUAAAUGGCAAUUUGAAGAGGUUUUCAGAGUGACCACAAGUGUUAGAAGCACAAUAACAAUAAAGACAAAAUAAAACGGCAAAAUGUUUGUGGCAAUGUAGCAAUAAAACACAAAUGUAAGAAAAAAAUAAAAUAAAAAUGCAAGUCAUUUAUUUGUUGAAACCACCAUCAAAGUACUACAGAUAAAGAUUAGAGUCAGUUUUUCAUCAGUUUCUGCCCACAAAAUGUGCAAUGUCUCUCUGUAGUCUGUAAUGUUUUAAUUUUUUUUAUUAUUAUUAUUUUAAGCACAUUUCAAAGUUUUAAAAUUAAAUGCAAUCAAGUUAAUCCUAUUUUAGAGCCGGUAAUUGGGAAAUACCUCCAAUCAAGACGUGUGGAGAGCAGCUCCAGCAAAGUACCAGCAGUCUUGCACUAUCUAGACAAUACUGCCACCCAGUGGACAAAAUGUAUAUGCAAAAAAAUGUUUUUGAAACUAAAAAAAAAAAAAAGAAAUUAGCAACUUAUAUUAUAUCAUUUUUAUUUCAAAUAUAUUUGAAAGGGCACAACCCCCACUAUAAACGUCUUUAAUAAAUUCUGCAAUUUUACCAGAAUUAAACUGUGAAAAAAAUGAAAGGAAGGAAACAACUUAUUUUGUGCCGCUGCGCAAAAAAAAAAACAAAAAAAAAAUCACAUGUGUCUGAAAAGCCACGCAUGUUUCUGGAUUUGUUACAAAAAUAGCUCCUAUCGCUGUCAUCAGUAAACUGAGCACACAGGAAGAGAUGAGGCGUGUUUGCGCGCGCAGGCUCUCUCUCUGCUCACCUCUCAUCAGCAGCGCUCCCAGGAAGCGCUCGUUUCUUCACGCAGUUUGAUGCUUAUUUUCACCUGCUGCGCCAAUCUCUGCAAAACUUUUUUUCAUUAUUAGGUCCAUUUUUUAUUUCCUUAAGCCCUGUUUCUGUUUUUGAGGAGUAUCUGAGUGGGUUGUUUGGUUACUUUUUAAAAAGAUUGUUUGAAGCUGGAGAUGACUUCAGGAGGUUUGGGGCUCCGCGAGGGCCUGGGGCAAGACAUCAACGAGGGGGAGUUGGAUUUUUCUGAUCUGUUUCUAUACACCACAGCAGGAGAUGAGUUUCCUGUUGGCUGCACUAAAGAUGACCCAAAUGUUGCCCCCCAGAACAAUAGCCACCCCUCUCUGGUGGUGGUUGAUUCUCAUGAUCCCUACAUGUCAGCUUCCGCUCAGCCAGUGACCAGCCAGGACACCUCCACCUAUAGUCACAACACAGAAAACCUGCAGAGGGCUGUGUUUGACCCAUUGGGGCUGAUAUCCAGACCAAACACCAUCCCUGCUCCCAGUCCCAGGAUCGAGAUCACUCCUUCAGGGGACUCCAUGAGCUCUCAAACUUUGGAACCCAGCCCUGCAUCCAAGUCUCUGGGAGCCUACAGGGAGUGUGUCAGCCCAGCAAGUAGUAACUCCUCUACAGGCUGGCCAGUAGAUAUAUACUCCCCCAUUACAUCACCCUGUGUCACCCCUCCGCAUGCAGGAAGUGAUGUCGCCUCACUGCCCGCCCUGGAUCUCUGUCCAGUCAUGCAGAACAUCCAUACUUCUUCUAUGCCCCCCUCUCCUGGAACAUCCCCUCGUAACAGCGUCACAGACGAGACCUUUCUUCAGCCACAUCACCCCGGAACUGCCUCACCACUCCCACACAGGCGCUCACGCUCCACCUCACCCCAAGGAAAGCGCUCUCUGCAACAGGCAGGCUCCUGUCAGGAGGGCACGCCUGUAAAGCAGCGCUCCAGGAGCCCCAGUCCCAUCCCUGUGCCCCAUGAGCACCAAUACCAACACUACUUGCACCAAAACCAGGUCCAAACUGAGUUUCAGCCUCAAGCUCAGACUACAGUGCAAGGCCUGGAGGAGGUGUUAAGCAGUCUCAGCUCCAGUCUGCCCAGAUCAAUUCCUCCCGCUAUGGUGAGGGGAGCCCAUGCACAGGCUCAGAGGCAGGACCGUGCAUAUGGAGAGCCAUAUGACUGGACUUUUGAGCAGGAGACUGCUUGUAGAGCUGGACCUGAGGUCAAAUCUGAGACCAUAUACAUGCUUCCAGCUAUGUGGCCUCAAACUCAACAAGUGCAUCAUACUGCAAGAUCCACAUUCAGUGGCUUUUCUGUGACUCCACUUCCCUCCUUGGAGUGGACAUUGCCCAGUCAGUCCGGCCAGUAUGAGCUGCUGAUCCAACAACAGCCUAGGUCCCACCACAGAGCUCACUACGAGACUGAGGGCAGCCGAGGAGCCGUCAAGACCCCCAGUGGAGGGCAUCCAGAAAUUCAGCUCCUCGGGUACCAAGGCACGACUCCCCUCGGGCUGCAGGUCUUCAUUGGGACGGCAGAUGAAAGGGUCUUAAAACCCCACGCUUUCUACCAGGUCCACCGCAUCACCGGGAAAACCGUCACCACACCCAGUUUGGAGACGAUGAUCAAUGGGACUAAGGUGUUGGAGAUUCCUUUGGAACCACAGAACCACAUGAGAGUGUUGAUUGACUGCGUUGGAAUCUUGAAGCUCAGAAACGCAGACAUCGAACUAAGGAAUGGCGAGACGGACAUUGGACGAAAGAACACCCGGGUUCGGUUGGUGUUUCGUGUCCACAUUCCUCAACACGGAGGUCAGCUCGUAUCUCUUCAAGUGGCCUCCAACCCCAUCGAAUGCUCCCAGCGCUCAGCUCAGGAGCUCCCUGCAGUGGAGAGGCAGGACUUGGACCGGUGCUCUGUGCUCGGGGGUCAGCAGAUGGUCCUCACUGGACAAAAUUUCACAUCUGACUCCAAAGUGAUAUUUUCAGAGAAGACUCAAGAUGGACUGCAAAUCUGGGAGGUGGAGGCCACAGUGGACAGAGAUAAAACCCAGGCUAACAUGCUGUUUGUGGAGAUCCCUCCGUACCGAGAUCGGACCAUUUGCCAGCCAGCUAAAGUCAACUUCUACGUCAUAAAUGGAAAGAAGAAACGCAGCCAGCCGCAGCACUUCAUCUACACUCCUGUGAUUGCCAUUAAAUCCGAGCCACUGGAUGACUAUCACCUGAAUUCAUACAGCUACUCUGACAAUCCGCCGCGGUCUACCAUGUCCAUGAGGUCCCUCUAUCAUCACCUGGAGCAGGACAUCAACCCUCAAGCCUUAACGCUGUACCACCUGGCCACUGUGGACCCGCGAGCCCAAAUAGUAACCACGGAUCCUCUGGAGGAGCCAGCCUAUUACCAGUCCAGAGGGGGCUCUCUGCUCAGCAGCCCACUGAUAUACCACACUCCAAACCAGCAUUACACCAACUGCAGUCCAGCCGUCCUUUCCCAUUCUGCCCCGUCUUCCAGCCAGUGUGUGAGCGUCAGAACCCCUGUGGCCAAGCUGAGUGAAGUCCCAAAAGUCUGUGAUCCGCUGGAGGCUUGUUACAUGUCAAGACAGCAGGGCUACGUCCAAACGUCGCUGCCUCUGGGAAAGUCACCACCUUCCAAAUACGCCCAAAUGAAAGCUGGAGGUGGUGCCGAGUCCGCUGGCCAUCAUGUGGUCCAGAUCAAGUCUGCUCGAGAAAACUGUGAUGUUGAGAGGGCUCCAGAGAGGGUCAAGGUCAAACAGGAGAACCUCAGCUAUGCCUACCUGGAGGAUGUAAAUGACAUCAUAAGAAGAGACAUGAAAGGCCACAAUGGAGAGUAAUCCUGCUGCAGUUCAGAACCUCUGGGUACGAAGAUGUAAAUGUUAGAUUUGUUUCAUUUUGUGUUGGAGAUUUUUAGCAAACAUCUGCUCAAUUUGUUGUUUUGUUUUGAUUUUUUUUUUUUUUUGCAUCAUGUGUAUGUUGGACUGUAGGAACUUGUUUUUCAGCUGGAAAGAUUUAUGUAAAAAACUGUUCAGCUUUUGUGAUUUUUUUAACAAAACAAUUUUUUCCUGAAAAAAAUCUACACAUUUUAUACAGCGUAAUGUAUCUAUUGUCCUUUUUAGAUCAUUUUAUAUUCUCUUUGUUCAUAUAAUUGUACAAUCGUUCUCUGUAAGCAUGUAUAUUUUAUAUCUAAUAAAGUUCCCUUUAGAAAAUGUCUUUGUCUGCUGUAUUACAGUAGUCACAUAUUAGAAAAAAGAUGUAAAGAGAGAGAUCCACGCAAAAAUGUCUUGGGUCCAAAUUAGCAUGUUUUGGAAAAUUGAAAUCUAAAUGUGUGUGGUAGUAAAAUUUAAAUGUGGCCCACGUAAGUGGAAAAAUCUGUUAACAUAACGGGAAUUUACGAGAAGGAAGCAAAGAAAAUCAAAUAUUGCUCCUGCAGCACAACAUGCUUUCAUUGAUCUUGAUUAUAGAUACUGAAUGACGGACGUUGGAACAAAAAAAAAAAAAAAAA